AUGGCGAGCAGGAGGAAAUCCACCACGCCCUGCAUGGUCCCGCCUCGGCACGCCGUGGACUCGGACCAGGACAUGGAGGACGUCACGGACGCAGCCCAACCAGAGGACAGCAACGGCGUGGCGGCCGUCUCCGCGGAGGUUUCCGUUUCCGGUCUGUUGGAGGAGUGGGGCGAGAACGCAGACGGCAGACCCGCGUCCGACCACUGCCUGGAUCUGACCAUGGCGGAGGGCGGGUACGAGUGCAAAUACUGCAGCUUUCAGACGUCGGAGCUCAACCUGUUCACCAUGCACGUGGACGCCGAGCAUCACGUCGUCACCAACACCUCGUACGUCUGCAUGGAGUGUGACUACCACACCAAGAGUUACGACACCCUGCUGGCCCACAACGCUCGCCUCCACCCGGGCGAGGACAACUUCACGCGGACGAUGGUGAGGCAGAACAACGAGACCGUCGUCCAGCAGACGGUCAACGACCUCACCUUCGACGGCAGCUUCGUCAAAGUGGAGGCCGACGAGGCGGAGGAGACGUCCCGCAAGAGCAUCGCCCUCAGCAAGACGCCCAUCAUGAGGAUCAGGAGCCGGCCCGAGCCCAAGAAGUUCACCGCCGCCGCGCACAAGGCGGCGGCCGCCAGCGACGUCAUCAAAGUGGAAAGCGACGACGAGGACGACGAGAACACGGAGCCGCCCACGCUGUCUCCGGCCCCGAUGGCCCCCGCCGCCUCGGCCGCCGCCCCUCCGCGCCUCAUCCCCGUGUCCGCGCCGCUGCAGGUGCACGCCGUCCCGCAGAGCAUCGUGGUCAACAGCUCCAACGUGCUGCAGUUUAAAGGCGGCUCGGCCGGAGGUGGCGGCGGCGGCGGUGGCGUGCUGCCUCCCGGGACGCUGGCGCAGGUUCUGUCGGCGCUGCAGAACCAGCAGAACUGCACGCAGACGCAGACGCAGCUGCUCAUCCCCAUCAGCAGCAUCCCCACCUACAACACGGCCAUGGACAACAACGUGCUGCUCGUCAGCGCCUACAACAGGUUUCCGUACCCCUCGGUGUCGGAGAUCAUGGGCUUGGCCUCGCAGACGAAGUUCAGCGAGGAGCAGAUCAAAGUGUGGUUCUCCGCCCAGAGGCUGAAGCACGGAGUCAGCUGGACGCCGGAGGAGGUGGAGGAGGCGAGGAGGAAGAAGUUUAACGGCACGGUGCAGACCGUCCCUCAGACCAUCACUGUCAUCCCGGCCAACAUCGCGGCCGCCACCAAUGGCCUGCAGUCCAUUUUCCAGACCUGCCAGAUCGUCGGCCAGCCGGGCCUCGUCCUCACGCAGGUCGCCGGCAGCAACAGCGCCGUGCCGGUUGCCUCGCCCAUCACGCUCACGGUCGCGGGCGUCCCCGGCAACCAGCCCAAAGCCGCCGAGCCGUCCACGUCGGAAUCAAAGACCGAGAUGUCGGCCAGUGCGGCAGCAGCGCUCAGCGCGGACGCGUCUGCGGCGGCCAAGCCGAAGAAGUCCAAAGAGCAGCUGGCGGAGCUGAAGGCGAGCUACGGUCGCAGGCAGUUCGCCACGGAGGCGGAGAUAUCGCGGCUCAUGCAGGUCACCAAACUCUCCAAGCGAGCGAUAAAGAAAUGGUUCAGCGACACGCGCUACAACCAGAGGAACUCCAAGGAUCACCACGUCCUGCUGGGCGAAACGCCGCCCGCCAAAGCGCCGGUGGCAGGAGGAGCCGGGGGACCGAGGACCAGCGCUAGCCUCAACGACGGCGCCAACAACAGUGACAGCGCGGCGGCGGCGGCCGCUGCCACCAUCAUCAUCGACUCCAGCGACGACGCCAGCGAUUGCUCCCCGACUUCCGCCAACGCCCCAACGGGCUCCACCAGCGACCCGCGGGUCAAGUUCCGCCACGCCUUCCCCGACUUCACGCCGCAGAAGUUCAAGGAGAAGACGCCCGAGCAGCUGCUCGUCCUGGAGGCCAGCUUCCAGAGGUCGGACACGCCCUCAGACGAGGAGCUGAGCCGGCUGCGCGCCAAGACGAAGCUGACCCGGCGCGAGGUGGACGCCUGGUUCACCGAGAGGCGGAAGACGCCUUUGGCGGCGCAGGCCAACGAGGACGACGACGGCGAGGGGGACGGGGAGAAGGCGAAAGGGAAAGCGUCCUGUGCGGCGCUGUCGUCCUCGGCUCGGGAGCGGCAGAGCACGCCGCCCUCCGGCAGGAAGGCGAUGAAGAAGACGCCGGAGCAGCUCCACAUUCUGAAGAAGGCCUUUGUGCGCACGCAGUGGCCGACGGCCGAGGAGUACGACCAGAUGUCGGAGGAGAGCGGCCUGCCGAGGACGUACAUCGUCAACUGGUUCGGAGACACGCGCUACGCCUGCAAGAACAGCAACCUGAAGUGGUACUACCUCUACCAGAGCGGGAAGGUGGACGAGGCGCUGAACGGCGGAGCGAAGACCCCGAAGAAGUCCAGGAAGCGUUUCCGUGGUUGGUCACGUAGGACACGCCGGCCGUACCCCUGCAAGCGUUCGCCACAGGGGGGCGCCACCACCAUCAAGGUGAAGUCCGGUAAGUCGUUCCUGAAGGACUACUACCUCAAACACCGAGCCCUGAGCGAAAGAGACCUGGACGACCUGGUCACCAAGUCCAGCAUGAGCUACGAGCAGGUGAGGGACUGGUUCUCGGAGACGGCCAGGCGGGCGGAGGAGGGGAGGGAGCCCUUCAGUGACGAGGAGGCCGCGGGAGAGGACGAGGAGGAGGAAGAGGAAGAGGAAGAGGAAGAGGAAGAGGAGGAGGAGGAGGAGGAAGCAGCAACGGCAGGGCAUGCAGACAGCGAAGAAGAGAUGGAGGUGAAAGAACAAGGAGAGGAGGCCACUGAUGACGACUGUAACGAGGAAGAGGAGGAGGAGGAGGAGGAGGAGGAAGAGGAGGAAUCCGAAGACGGCAGCCAAUCACAGCCUCAGAUCCAGGAGGAAUCUAAAGACGUCAGCCAAUCACAGCCUCAGGCAGAAGAGCAGACAUGAGCAGACAGCAUCAACUUUCCCUCU